AUGCUUCCUUGGGCUCCAAGUCAAACAGAUCUAAGACUCCAUCUUAUGUGUCAAAGCAAAUAUGCUAAGAGUAUUGUGAAGAAAUUUGGAUUGGAGAAUGAUAGUCACAAAAGAACUCCUACACCUACCCACUUGAAGUUAUCUAAAGAUGAAAAAGGUUUAAGUGUUGAUCAUAGCUUAAAUAGAAGCAUGAUUAGCAGCCUUCUAUACCUUACAACAAGCAGACCAGAUAUAACUUUUGCAGUUCGUGUGUGUGCUAGGUAUCAAGUAGAACCCAAAACUGGUAGUGCUGAUGAUAGGAAAAAUCCAAGCCCUGACAAUGACUCGAGUGAAAAAACGGAGGAAAACGUUCCUGAACAUAUUGCUCAUGAGAGAAGAUGUAAAAAGAAAGCUGGGCUUGUUAUCAAUGUUGAAGAACUUACUUAUGAUGAAGAACCCCUUACAAACAUUGUUACUCCUAGUAUUGCCAAGAGACUACAAAGACGUAAAGAAAACACUGUUGCUUUUGAAGAUUCUCCCUCCAGAAUCUCCACAGGAAAAUCUCCCGUUGGACCCAUUAGGUCAUGGAGUAAAGUUGUUAACCCUACUACAAAGAGGAAAGAUGUCUCUUCUAGUGAAUCCGAGUUUGAUGUUGAAAAGGAUGUCCAGGAUAUCACCGCUAUAAAAAGAUCUUCUAACAAGAUGCCUCAUGAUGUUAGGUCCAAAGUUCCACUCGACAAUGCUUCUUUGCAUUAUGUGAAGAAUGUACAAAGGUGGAAGUAUGUCAUUCAGAGGAGGGUAGCCCUGGAAAGGGAAUUGGGGAAGGAUGCCCUUAAGUGUAAAGAGGUCAUGGAACUGAUAGAAGCUGUUGGAUUGAUGAAGACAUUCACACACAUUGGACCUUGCUAUGAAAACUUAAUAAAGGAGUUUGUGGUGACUAUCCCUGAUGGAUGUGAUGACCUGAAGAUUGAUGACUAUGGAAAGGUAUAUGUGAGAGGAAUUCUUGUAACAUUCUCCACAACUGUGAUCAAUAAAUUCCUAGGAAUACUAGAUGAACCUCAGGCUAAGCUAGAAGUUACUGAUGAUCAGGUGUGCAAAGAGAUCACGACAAAGUAG